UAUGCACAUCACAUAUACAAACACAAGAGUCAGAAGAACAGGAGACGCACCGUUACGUUAUUAUUACUUUCUCAACACUUAAUGUGAAGUAAAUACGUGCAUGUCAGCGCGUGCAUGCGCUUGUGUUGGUUUUUGAAACGAAUAACGACUCGUUUUCUUGUUUUUUAACUUUGGGAUUUGAAGUGAAAAACGAAUGAAGUCCUUUGAAGAGGAUCAUCUCAAAUCCCUUGACCCUAUAAAGCAGUUUGGCGAGUGGUUUGAACAAGCUACCAAGUGCCCAGAAAUUGGCGAAGCCAAUGCCAUGUGCAUUGCAACAGCCACCAAAGACGGGAAGCCCUCUGCUAGAAUGGUACUGCUGAAAGGCUACAACAGUGAAGGUUUUCGCUUUUUCACAAACUUUGAAAGCCGUAAAGGUAAAGAACUGGAGAGCAAUCCUCAUGCCUGCCUCAUGUUCUACUGGGAACCACUGAAUAGACAGGUUCGUAUUGAAGGUACUGUAGAGAAAAUUCCACAUCAGAGCUCUGUCGAAUACUUCCACUCAAGACCUAAAAGCAGUCAGAUCGGUGCAGUGGUGAGCAGGCAGAGCAGUGUGAUACCCAACAGGCAGUACCUAAAUGAAAAGAAUGCAGAGUUGGAGGAGAAACACAAGGACUCAGAAGUUCCCAUGCCAGAUUAUUGGGGAGGCUACAUUGUCAGACCUUUCCUGAUCGAGUUCUGGCAGGGUCAGACCAACAGACUGCAUGAUCGUAUUGUCUUUACAAAGCCCAAGGAGGGAGAGACUGAACUUGGAGAAAUGAGACACCAGGCUGAGGGAGGCUGGGUGUAUUACCGGUUAGCACCAUAAUAGGAUGGAUGUAGUGAUUAAGGGUGUGUUCGAAAACCUAGUGCGCUCUCUACAUAAACAGCAUUUUAAGUCAUCCUACGUGCGCUCCCGAGAAGAAGGCUGUUUGAAAUCCUUGAUGCCUUAAUAUGCUCACUAGUAAGACGUCUUAAAAUUUCAACUGUAUUUUGACCCAAGAACGAGGGAGCAUCCGAUGCUGCCUUAGCAGUGAAGGCAAUCCCAGCAUUCAGUGCGGCACAACUUUUCUUUUUUUUUUUCUUUUUUGCAUUUUCUCCCCCUUUAGCGCGUCCAGUUGUCCAAUUUGCAUCGUGCCCUCCUCUCUGUCUAUGCCGAACCCCGUCCUGACCGAGGAGAUCGAAGCUAACCCACAUCCCCUCCGACACAUGAGCAGCAAGCCGGAUGCAUCUUUGCCACCCACACAUUGAUGAGUGUGGCGCCACCUAGCGUUGCAUGCAGAGAGACACACCCUAAGAGCACUCUUUCCUCAUCUCUGUGCAGGCACCUCCAAUCAGCCAGCAGAGGUCGUAAUCGCAUUCUGACAGAGAGAGACCCACAUCCGGCUCUUUGUCCCGCCCCCCAACUGAACAACCGGCCAAUCGUUGCUCAUACAGCCACUCAGCCUCGAGCCGGCAAGGCAGAGCUGGAUUCGAUACGACGUACUCGAAAUCCAGCUCUGGUUGCAGCGUGUGUUUUUACCUCUGCUCCACCUGAGCGGCUCGGCACAACUUUUCUCACAGAAAAAUUAAAACAUGGCGGACGGUGCGGAGAAACCGAAUUUUCAAUCGUAAAUAAAUUAUUAUUGAUUUUUAAUUUGUAUAAACUUGCACAAGUGUAUUUAUUUGCAAAUUCGGGCUUGUCAGCGAAUUUAACAAUUUUCGGUACACAGAGAUCGGAGAUGUUAGUUGACAUGCUAGCACGUUGUGCCACCUCAUCCAAUUGAUUGGUUUGAAUGGCAUGAGGCUAACUGUGGAAUCGCUGUCUAAGUAGCGCGUUUGAAUAACCUGCCUUAUAAGUCAAUGACUUAUUAGAAUCCUCUCUACUUAGGCAGCUGCCUACGUAGGCAGUAAGACAGCAAGGCAGCUCACUAGGUUUUUCGAACACACCCAUAAUCUUUAUUAAACCCUAACCGUUUCACCCUGGUGACAUGGACAUGGAAUAGUUGUAAUUCUGCCGUAGCUCUUAGUCAAUUUAAUGUGAUAAGGUGCAAAACAGAAUGAUGAUGAUUAAUGUUUCAAUUGUGAUUUGAAAUUUUCUGGUCAAAAGUGGUAGUUUAAUUUAAAUAAUCUUAGUUUUAGCCAAAUUGUUAUUCAGGUACCUACAACAUACUGAUGUUCUCUAAUGUUUGAGUAAAAUAUGUUUGUUGUUGUCACAUGGAUUAUGUACUGAUGCCGCUGCUACACCUCAGACAUCAUUACCUGUUUUAAAAACCAAAAACAUAAUACUGUUAUCAAUGUUUGUCAAAUAGAAACAUUCAUACAGACAGUCUUGUGAGUUGUCCACCAGAAUAAACCUGAAACCAGCAAGAAAAGAGAAAUGAGCCCCCUUGUAUUACAUUUUCAUUUAAACCCAUCACCUCCACCUAAUAAGAUGCCCUUGAUCUUUAUCAUUUAUUAAAGGUUUUUAUGUUGAAGGCCUAUUCGGUAAUGUAAUGAUGUACAACCCCAAAUCAGAAAAAGUUGGGACAGUAUGGAAAUUGCAGAUAAAAUAAAAAUGCAGUGUUCCUUA